AUGUCCUCCACCUCUACCCCUCGCUGCGCCCAUCAAUCUGCCUCUGUGCUUUGUUCCCGUUAUGCUGCUGCACAGGCAGGGUUUAUCCGACCAGAUAAAGAGCAGCGUCUUGCAGCUACAAGGCCCGAGAAACUACCAAGCAUGAAAAAGGCAGAACUAUUCGCAGCUGAAGACGCUUGGGCCUUUCCAGCUCCAUUGUUACUUCCCGGUGACGACCUCGCUCAGGAUCCUGAGUAUCCACCCCAGAGCUUUCAAGACUGGCUUGAUGAAGAGGACCGCAAUCCUGUUACUACAAAACGCAAGACAAUCUAUGUGGUCACCACGCCAGAGAUUGAUGAGCAAGUUCAGUUCAUGCAAACAUGGGAAAAGCGUCAGGAUGAGCCACAACAGACUAUCCCGCCGUCAUCUAAGGCAGUUGUCGACUACCUAGGGGCAUUUUAUCAUGGCUUGCGUGUCAAAGCUCUACCUGGGUCAGCCCCUACGUUCACUUCUUGGGAUGAAAAGCCAAAGGGAGCACGGAAGUCUCGCCAGCCAAACUUUAUUGGCCUAAAAUUUAGUAACCAGUGUGUACGGAUUCGCAUCCGGAUAACCCCAGACAGAGUCUACGGGGGACAGCUCAAUCUUGAUGACCUGCUUGACGCCGCUAUCGCCAUGCUGCCCCGCGAUGCAUAUGCGGUUUUGCUGCUGGUGAAUCAAGAUCUCUAUGAGGAUGAGGAUGAUGAAUUUGUCUGCGGUCGUGCAUACGGAGGCAGUCGAGUUGCUGUUGUAUCCACUGCCCGCUACCAGCCAGAGCUUGACAAGCUCCAAUCUGUCGAACGGCUGCAUGCCUGGCCCGCAUCGCACUGUGAGGAAUAUAUGUCUGAAUGUUCCGCUACAUCACAACAAAGUGCGAAGCGACAAAAGAAAUCUAAAUCAGCGAAUUUGAAAGAAACCAAAGACUCUGUCUUUGGUUCCCCGUCUCCAUUAGUGGCAGCUAUAUCCGUCUAUCGAGGCCUAGAGAUCACCAAUCUCUCGCAAUCGGCUCUUUCCACGCUUUGGUUGGGUCGAGUGUGUCGAACUGCCGCACAUGAGCUUGGGCACUGCUUUGGCAUUGAUCAUUGCGUUUACUAUGCGUGUGCGAUGCAAGGUACAGCUUCUAUCGCUGAAGAUGCCAGACAGCCGCCCUAUCUCUGUCCAGUGGAUCUGGCCAAGCUCACACAUGCAACUGGAACCACAGUUGUCCAAUGCUAUAAGGCCCUACUAGCCUUUUGUGAACGGCCCGAGUACAAACAGACCCUCUUCUUCUCGCCUUUUGCGGAGUGGAUUCAACGGCAGUUGGAUAGAAUUGAUCUCCAAAAACAAUGUUGUUAA